AUGCGUUACCUCAGCUCCUAUUUGUUGACCGCCCUCGGGGGCAAUUCCUCUCUCAGGGCCAAGGAAGUCAAAAAGAUCCUGGACGGCAUCGGCAUCGAGGCAGAUGAUGACCAGCUCAAUAAGGUCAUCAGUGAGCUGAACAGAAAGAACAUUGAGGACGUCAUUGCCCAGGGUAUCGGCAAGCUGGCCAGUGUGCCUGCUGGUGGGGCUGUGGCUGUCUCUGCUGCCCCAGGAUCUGCAGCAUUUUCUGUGGGUUCUGCUCUAGCUGCAGCAGAGAAGAAGGAGGAGAAGAAGGAAGAGUCAAAGGAGUCAGAUGACGACAUGGGGUUUGGCUUGUUUGACUAG